CCCAGGGUUUAGUUCUUUUUCCAUUACUCGCUCUCUCCACCUCCACCUCUGUCUCUCUCUCGCUCGCGCGCUCUCGUAGAGAUAUCAACUUCGCCAUGGGCGAUAGCCAAUACUCCUUCUCCCUCACCACCUUCAGCCCCUCGGGGAAGCUGGUUCAGAUCGAGCACGCGCUAAUGGCCGUUGGAGCAGGUCAAACGUCUCUCGGGAUCAAAGCUGCUAAUGGUGUCGUUAUCGCAACCGAGAAGAAACUUCCUUCGAUUUUGGUGGAUGAGACAUCUGUGCAAAAGAUUCAACUUAUGACUACAAAUAUUGGAGUUGUAUACAGUGGGAUGGGGCCAGAUUCACGUGUCCUGGUAAGGAAAAGCAGAAAGCAAGCGCAGCAGUAUUAUCGACUAUACAAGGAGCCUAUUCCUGUUACUCAACUCGUCAGAGAGACUGCAGCUGUCAUGCAGGAGUUCACGCAGUCUGGUGGUGUAAGGCCAUUUGGAGUUUCUUUACUCGUUGCUGGAUAUGAUGACAAUGGGCCACAGCUGUAUCAGGUCGACCCAUCAGGAUCUUACUUUUCCUGGAAAGCUUCAGCAAUGGGGAAAAAUGUCUCUAACGCGAAGACUUUUCUCGAGAAAAGAUACACUGAGGAUAUGGAGCUUGAGGAUGCUGUGCACACUGCUAUUCUAACUCUUAAAGAAGGAUUUGAAGGACAAAUUUCUGGGAAGAACAUUGAGAUCGGAGUAAUUAGCUCUGAUCGCAAAUUCAGAGUUCUGAGCGCUGCUGAAAUUGACGAUUAUUUAGCAGAAGUUGAGUAAUUCAAAUGCACACGCAGCUUUGAGCAGGAGAAUUAGAGAAAUGAAUCCAGCAUUAUAUCCCUGCUUGUUGCUUGAAGAUUCUCUUGAUGUUAAUCAUAUGUAUUUGGAAUUUGGAAUUUAAGAGUGACAUCAUGAAUUUAUCCAUUCUCUUACAGAGACCUGCUUUACUGAGAAAUUCUCCACCUCAUGUUAACUUAAACCUUUUAAAUUUACAUUUGCAAGUUGAUUCUGAC